UUGUUUUAUUAAUAAAAAUGUUGUCGUGCAAGAUGGAAAAAUCUUUGGAGACUUUGCUGUCAAAAUGCGAGAUUCCGAUUAUCGAUUUAGAACAUGCUGUUGCCGGUACCGAUGCGUGUCCAAUGAAAUCGGUGAUAAUGCGCGUAGGGGCGCAGUUGCAGAAGGCGCUCUCGCAGAAAGGUUUGGCUCUUCUGGUCAACCAUGGCAUCCCAGAAGAAAAGUUGACGAAAGUCUACUCAACUUUGGACAAAUUUUGCGAUCUUCCUGGCGAAGUGAAAGAGAAAUAUCUUAGGAACUCGGAACACGGAAACCAUGGAUACGUUAAACCAGGAAUGGAGAUGUUCGACGGCGAGACUCCUGAAAUUCGUCACACGUACAACAUUUGUACUCUGGCAACGGACGGUCUGCCCGAAGACGUGUUGCCAGGUUUCCGCGCCAGUAUCGCCUCGUUGGCAGCUGACUUCAAACAGCUCAGCACAUUGUUACUGCAGUCGCUGGCAAUUGGAUUGGAACUGCCAUCAAACUUUUUUCUGGAGAGACAUGGUCAGAUGUUGAACGACAAUGAUGAUAAUGCCACUACACUUCGCUUGUUGUAUUAUCCACCUUGCAUCAGUGAAGAAGAUGCAGAAAUAGAUUACGUUAAAGGCAGUUGUGGUUAUGAGAAGUACGACAGAAGACCAAGUCAAAUGAACUGCUUGUCUGAGUCCAUUGAUCAAGUUGACAGCAUGAAUGUGACGAGAUGUGGAGCACAUUGUGACUAUGGUACAUUCACUUUAUUAGCACAGGAUUCCGAAGGGGGUUUGGAGGUGAAACUGCCACAUACUGAACGAUGGCAGAGAGUGGGUCAUCUUCCUGGUGCCAUAUUAAUAAAUACAGGAGAAUUAUUAGCAGCCUGGACACAAGAGCGAUAUCCAGCAUUGCCUCAUCGUGUAAUAAUUCCUGAGCACAACAUCAGAAACAAAGGACGUCAUGCGAUAGCCUUCUUCUGCCAUCCUGAUAACUGUACCCCAAUUGCUCCAUUGGACUUACCAGAAGAGCAAUGUCCAUUUCAGAAGCCUUGCAAAAAGACUACGAAGGAACAAUUCAGACAUGCAAAAGACAGAGUCUUUACAGCUUAUCAACAUCUACAGAAAAGAUUCAGAGAGACUUAUGCUUCUUGAUAUUUGUAAAAGAUACAAUUAUUGUUAAAAUAGAUUAUUAAAAGUUAUACUUAAAAAUGGUGUACUUAAGAGGAAAAAGACGAUGAUUAAUUAUUUUAAAUCUCGUAUGAAUAUUUGUAUGAUGAGACUAACUGCAGAAAUGUUUAUGAACAUUACUUUUAAUGCAAUAAAUCUU